UUGAGCUUUUGGUGUGUAGAGGGGCAGAUGUGAACAGAACUAAUAAAUGGGGUAGAACUGCUCUAAUGUAUGCAGCACGGCAGGGUGAUGAUAAAAUCGUUGAUAUUUUAUUAACAGAAAAAGUGGAUGUUGAACAGAAGAAUGUGUAUGGUAGGACUGCAUUUGAUUAUGCUAUGAUGGAAGGUCACAUGUCAACAGCUGGUCGGUUGGUGUUGGCAAGUAAAAGAGUUGAAGAUCUUACAGUUGAGACUCUUCCUCUCGUGUUCCAUUGGGCAUGUAAGAACAAGAGAGUUGAUGUUGCAAGAAAUAUUGUGGAACAUCACGGAACAGAAUGGAAGGACAACUAUGGUCGUGAUGCAUUGGAUAUUGUGGCUGUUUAUGACAACGUGGACAUUGCUGACAUCAUCCUGAAGAGAAGACUGCCAGACGACAAUGAUGUGGAAACGACUGUUUCUAUGUCAAUGGAAGAUGUUGCAGUCAAGACUCGAUGUGUCGUGUUACACUGGGCACACAAGAACAGUAGAGUGGAUGUGAUAAGAAAGAUUGUAGAGCAGGGAACAGAAGUGAAGGACGACUUUGGACGAACUUUACUUCACUAUGCUGCUGAUCAUGGCAACUGUGAUGUGGUUGAUGUUCUCUUGAGCAAGAAGGCAGAUGCUGAUGCUUCAGACAAGGUAAGUGUAGCAACAUUCAAAUAUUCUACAGAAAUAUUCUACACCAAAUGA